UGCGCCCCGCGGGCUUGUUGGAAGGGCCGGGGUCACCCUGAGCUGCCGCCGCUGCCAGGAUGCUGACCAGGUUCCUGGGCCCGCGCUACCGCCAGCUGGCCAAGAACUGGAUUCCCACGGCGGGUAUGUGGGGUGCCGUGGGCGCCGUGGGGUUGGUGUGGGCCACUGACUGGAGGCUGAUUCUGGACUGGGUGCCCUACAUCAAUGGCAAAUUUAAGAAGGACAGUUAAUUAAAGCAAUCCUCCAAGGACCCCUCUGGUGUCUGCUGAUGCUGGUUUCUUCCAUUUGCGUCUGAAACAGCCUGAGCCCUCAGCAUGGACUUUGAGGACAUUCACAGCUCCUGAGGACUCUGUUUUUGAAAAUGGCUUUGAUGUUCGAAGGCACACAGCAUUAAACCUCGCUCUGAAACCUGCCCUGCCUGGAUGUGGUUGUGCUGGGACUUGGUUACCUUAAUGCA